AUGCCGCCUCCGGUGGAGGAAAUGUCGGACAAUGAAUCCGGCGAUAUCCCGUUCAAUGAUGACGCAGGGAGUAAUGGAGAGCAGCAAUCAGAAAGCGAAGAGGAAGGGGAGGACGUUUACGUUGUCGAGACGAUUACCGAGCACCAGUUCAACGACGAUGGUACUCUGAUGCUCCUCGUCAAGUGGAAAGGAUAUGACAAACCCGAAGAUCACACUUGGGAGCCUGAAGCAGGAUUGAAAGAGGGAGCGAACGAUGUGUUGGCGGCUUACUACAAAAAGCUGGGCGGCCGGCCCAAGAAAACCGCAGCAAAGCCAGGCCCCAAGGCCGGCCCAGGGCGCAAGCGCAAAUCCAUAGGAGAUUCCAAGUCGACGACCCCCGCACCAGCAGCCGAACCGAAGAAGCGCCGAAAGUCAGAGCCCAAGCAAACGGAGACGCCAGAGGAGAACAACCACAGUCCCAAUUGGGUUCCAAAGGGCAAGAACUGGGAGGAUAAAGUGAGCAAUGUCGACACGAUUAUUCGGGACCCAGAGGACGGAGGCCUCUAUGCGUUCCUCCUUUGGACCAAUGGCAAGAGAUCCCGAGUAUCGAUUGAGAGCUGCUAUGAAAGAUGUCCCUUGACGAUGCUCACAUUCUAUGAGCAGCACUUGGUCUUCAAGGAUGGUUAA